AUGUCAACUGAAUCAGAAUCGGAAUUUGCAAAAUCUGAAGAAGCAGGUGAAACAACUGGACGCAAUAAAGAAUCCACAGACUCUGCAACUGAAUCUUCAAAAUCCAUAGAGAAAGAAAGUGAAUCAACCGAAUAUAACGAAGACAUUUCAGAAUCAACUGCAUCAGAAUCUGAUCUUAUAAAGUCUGAAGCAGAAAGUGAGACGAUCGAACAAAAUGAGAAUUUUUUGAAUUCAACUAAAUCAGAGUUCGAUAAAUCUGCAAAAACUGGAGGUGAGACCACUGAACUUCAAGAAAACAUUUCAGAAUUUGAGUCUUCGGAAUUUGAAGAAGCAGAAAGUCGAACAACUGAGCACCAAAAACAUAUUUCAGAACCUAAAUCUACAGAAUAUGAAGAAGAUGAAGGUGAAACAACUGAAAACUAUAGAGAUAUCACAAACUCAACUGAAUCGAAGUUAAAAUUUUCAAAAUUUGAAGAAGCAGAAGGUGAAACAACCGACCACAAUAAAGAAACUUCAGGAUCAGAAACCGGUUCCUUAAAAUCCAUAGAGAAAGAAAGUGAAUCAACUAAAUACAGCGAAGAAAUUUCAGAAUCAACUAGAUCAGAAUCUGAGCUUAUAAACUCUGAAGCAGAAAGUGAGACGAUCGAACAAAAUGAGAAUUUUUCAAAUCCAACUGAAUCAGAGUUCAAUGAGUCUGAAAAAUCUAAAGGUGAGACUACUGAACUCCAAGAACACACUCCAGAAUUUGAGUCUUCGAAAUCUGAAGGAGCAGAAGGUGAAACAAGUGAACAUCAUGAAGAGAUCACAAACUCAUCAGAAUCAGAAUCGGAAUUUUCAAAAUCUGAAGAAGAAGAAGAAGGUGAAACAAUUGAACACAAUAAUGAAACUUCAGAAACAGCAACAGGAUCAUUAAAAUCCAUGAAGAAAGAAACUGAAUCAACCAAAAACAACGAAGAAAUUUCAGAAUCAACUGGAUCAGAAUCUGAAAAGCUUACAAAUUCUGAACCAGAGUUCAAUAAAUCUAAAGAAACUGAAGGUGAGACCACUGAACUUCGACAAGAUAUUUCAGAACUGGAGUAUUCUAAAUCUGAAGAAACAGAAGGUGAAACAAUCGAACACAAUAAAGAAACUUCAGAAACAGCAACGGGAUCAUUAAAAUCCAUAGUGAAAGAAAGUGAAUCAACCAAAUACAACGAGAAAAUUUCAGAAUCAACUAGAUCAGAAUUUGAAAAGCUCACAAAUUCUGAGGCAGAAAGGGAGACGAUCGAACAUGAGAAUUUCUCAAAGUCAACUGAAUCACAGUUCAAUAAACCAGAAGAAAAUGAAGGUGGGACCACUGAGCUUCAAGAAGAUAUUUCAGAAUUUGAGUCUCCGAAAUCUGAAGAAGCAGAAGGUGAAACAAGUGAACAUCAUGAAGAUUCAAUGUUAACUGAAUCACAAUCAGGGUUUCCAGAAUCUAAUGGAUCUAAAGAUAGAACAACUGAGUAUCGAAAAUAUAUUUCAGAACCUAAAACUGUAAAAUCUGAAGGGGAAGCAAAAGGGAAAACAACCGAACACAUUGAAGAAACUUCAGAAUCAGCAACAGGAACUUCCAUAGGGAAAGAAAGUAAAUCAACCAAAUACAACGAAGAAAUUUCAGAAUCAACUGGAUCAGAAUCUGAACUUACAAAUUCUGAAGGAGAAAGUGAGACGAUAGAACAAAAUGAUAAUAUUUCAAUAUCAAUAGGAUCAGAAAUUCCUGAAUCUGCAGAAUCUGCAGGGGAGACCACUGUACAUCAAGGAAAUAUUUCAGAAUUUGAGAAUUCAAAAUCUGAAGAAGCAGAAGGUAAAACGGGUGAACUUCAUGAAGAUACAUCAACUGUAUCAAAUUCACAGUUUUUAAAUUCUCAUGAGGCUGAAAGUGAAACAACUGAGCACCUGGAAUAUAUAUCAGAUUCUAAGUCUUCGAAAUCUGAAGAAGAUGAGAAUGAAACCAUUGACAACCAUGGAGACAUCACCAAAACAACUGAAUCAGAGCUAAAGUUCUCAGAACUCGAAGAAACAGGAAGUAAAAUAACUGAACACAAUGAAGAUAUUUCAGAAACAAUUGGAGCAGCUACGAAAUCGUCGGAGUCUGAAGGAGCAGAAACUAUAAUAACAGAAAACCGUGAGGAAAUUUCAGAAUCGACUGAAUUAGGACCUCAACAUUCAAAUCAUGGAGCAGAAGGUGUUUCAACCGAAUAUAUAAAUAUUUCAACAUCAACUGAAUCAGAAUUGGAAUUCAAUAAAUCUGAGGAAACUGAGAGUGAAACAACCGAACACAAUGGAAAUAUUUCAAAAUCUAACGAAUCAGAAGAAUAUCCUGAAUCUGAAGAAGCUGAAACAGAGAUAACUGAACACCAAAAACAUAUUACAGGAUAUGUGUCAUCGAAAUCGAUAGAAUCUGAAGAAGAAACAGAACAUCAAGAUUAUAUUUCAGGGUCAACUGAUUCAGAAUUGGAGUUUUCUGAAUCUGAGGUUGAAAUAACCGAAAAUCAUGAAGAUAUUAUUACGGAGUUACCUAAAUCAGAAUCCGAGAAUUCGAAAUCUCAUGAAGCUGAAAGGGUAACAACCGAACACCAAGUAUAUAUUUCUGAAUUUGAGGAAGUUGAUGGUGAAACGAAUCAACAUCAGGAUACCAUUAUGGAAUCAACUAAAUCAAAGUCAGAUAUUUCUAAAUCUCAUGAAUCUGAAACAACUCAACAGCAAGAAUAUAAUCCUGAAUUUGAAUAUUCGAAAUCUGAAGCUGUAGGUGAAACAACUGAAUACCAACAAACAAUUUCAGAAUCUGAAACCUCAAAAUAUGAGGAAUCAUCCACCGAAUAUAAUGAAAAAUAUUCAGAAUCAAAUGAAUCUGAUUUGGAUUCUUCGAAAUCCGUAGAGGCAGAAGGUGGAACAACAGAAUACAGUGAAGAAAUUUCAGGUUCCACUGAAAUAGAAAUUGAGCAUUCGAAUCUUCAAGCAGACGGUGAUACAACCGAACUUAUAGAUAAUUCGAAAUCAACUGAAUCUGAGUUGAAAUUUCUUGAAUCCGAAAACGGAACAACUGAUUACCAAGAAAUAGAAGACAUCUCAAAAUCAGAUGAAUCAGAAUCUGAGACUUCGAUAUCUGAAAAUACUGAAAUAUCAGAAAACUCAGAAAUAACCCUGAGAUCUAUUGAUUCUGAAUCAAAAUCUCCAAAAUCUGAUGAAAAUGAGGAUUCAUCCGAAAAUCAUGGAGUAAUUCAUCAAGCAACUGAAUUACAUUUGGAAUCCCUACAAACUGGUGAGGAAAGAGAUAAAACAACAGAAAACCAUAAAAGAAUUCCAGAAAGAGAAUCUGUAAAAAAUGAAAACCCUGUGAUUGAAAGCACACAACCAUUGGAAACGUCACAGUUUGUCACUGUCAAAUUAAAUUUUGAAAAUGUGUCUCAAUCCAAAACCCAUAUGAGUGCAACUCCAGAGACUACAGAAGAAGUGGAUGAAAAUCAACUAUUCAAUUUCCACAAGAAUGAUAAAAAUGAUACUUUAUGUGAAGAAUGUAUGACUGGCAAUCAGUUGUCGACAGAAAAUAAGAUUCAUGCAUCAACAACAGCGAAACAUCAUGAAAAAACACCAUAUACUACAGUAAAACCUCAUUCUCCAACUCAUUUGAGCACAUAUAAAACAAAAUCUACAGUACGCACAUCUCCAAAGGAAGUGAUAUCUACUGAGGAAUGGCCUACGGAAAGAGUUUCAAUUCAUGUGGAAAAAUCGGCAGAGCAAAUUAAUGUUAAAAUAGAACAGACUACAGGAAAAAUUAUACUGAAUUCAGAAAUCACUACAGGAACUUCCACAAGAGAACAAAUUAUAGGGAAAACGAAUACUUCACAGUCAGUUAAAGAAGAAACAGAAGAGACAAAGAAAGUAUCUCACAAAAAAUCUACAACAGAAAAUAUCAAAAAUAUCACCAAAAUAGGUUCCUCUACCCGAGUCACUACUCAGGUUACUGAAGAACAAGGAAAUACAAAGGGUGAAACUACUACAAAAUAUACUACGACACGAGUCAAAGGAGAAGAAGACACUAUACAUGAAACUGCAAAUACACUAGAAGACAUUACUGAAAAAAUUUACGUCACUACUAAUGUUGUCAAAGAAUCAUCUGAAGAGUUGAUGGAAGAAAAAGAAAUUCUAACUGAAAUUGGAGUUGAAGAUGAAAAUUCCAUUAUGAAAACGGCUACAGAACAACAGAACGUCACAGGAGAACAAGAAGUUUCUAGAUUCAAGAAAGUUACCACUCAUGCAGCUGGUUUGGUGACAAAAUUGUAUUCUCCGGAGUACCCAGACACCAACACUAAAAUGAUGGUGGUUAUAGUCAAUAAUUCCGGUAAAAAAAUUGAUAAGAUCAAUGAAACUGCACUGGAAAAGCUCCUCAACAAAACGAGGUCAGAUAUUGAUCUAGAAUACAUCGAUUUUUUCAAUAUUUCCAAAGGUUCCAAAAGCCAUACCAAUGUAUCCGCCGAAGCAGAAUAUACGAAACCGCUGAUUCUCAAAGGUGAUGGUAAACCUUGCAAGCAAAGUGACUUCAGUUCCAACAGAUAUUGCGUUUGUGAUGUCGACUCAUAUUUGUCGAAAGUCGAAUCAACCAUCUCCAAUGAUCAAAAGGUGGACGUUACUCACUAUAACUGCUCUAACCUCAUCAGUUUUCACGAUGGGCUGAUAAUAAGCAAUGGGACACAACGCUUGGAACGUAAAAGACGAAGUCUUUUAUAUCUGAAUAGUCUCGGAAGAAGUUCGAAUUAUAUUGAAAAUGAUGAUAUCGAGAAUGUUCUGGAUGAUGAAUACGAUCUGCAGGUAUCAGAUUCCAAUAUUUACGCGUAUCCUGGAUCAACCAUCAAGAUAUUUUGUCACAACAAAGCUGAUAUGCUCUUGGAAAAUAAAGGCGCAUCUUAUUCUUGGACAUUCAGGAAUGAUUCUACUGCAGAAGGAGAUGCACUUCCAAUGAAUGAGAAUCCUUUGAUAUUGCAAGAAGUCGAUAUUAAAAACGCAGGAAACUAUACUUGUGUCAAAACAGAGGAGACCGGAAACAAGGAAAAACACAACCAUGAACUAGAAUUGAUCACAUUUCCUAUCUACAAAAUUAAAACAAUCCUUUUCUAUGCAUUCAAUGACAGUUGUUCACUUUCUGAUGGUGAUCUUUUAUAUAACUACCUCCCAAAAUUGAUAAGUCCAAUAUUAUGCGGAGGUACUGGAAAGCUUUGCAAAGUAGAUGUGGAAAGACCCCAUUGUUUCACGGAUAUUGACAACAACUUCUUCAAUGUUACUGUAGUAGCUACAAUGAAUGAAAUCAAUCAUAUUUUCCCCACAAUGGAUGAAUCCAGGUGCAAUAACAAUUGCAAACUUAAAACAUACAACAACAUGGUCGGAUUAGUUAACAAAAAUGCUGCUAUUCUGAAAACUCUACCAGUGUUCUCGAAAAUCACUCCAGCUCUAGAUUUUCUCACAAAUAUUACGAUUUCCGAAAGAAAACAUGAACUUGUUAAACGUCCCAAACUUAUUACAGUUUGCAAAGGAGGAUAUGGAGUUGAAAAACUCAAACAGAGAAUAUGUGUUGUUUGUCCCAAACAUACCUUCAGUGGAGAUGACGAAGCUUUCUGCAAAACUUGCCCAGCAGGUCAAUAUCAAAAUCAACCUGGAUCUAAAGCUUGCAUUCCAUGUUCCUCUCCAGUAGAUGAUUCGAUGUGCCUACGUAUGUUGUAUUCCGAUACAAAACUAUUCAAAAUAUAUGUGGGAGCUGCCUUCGGAUUCGUUUUGCUGCUCGUCGUUGUGAUUGUGUUAUGGAAUAGUAAUACAAGCCGCAGUCAAAAAAGGAAUUUCGAAGGUUCUCUCAAACAUAGCGGGAUGCGAAGAAAGAAGAUAACAGAUGCGGAAAAUCCAGCUCUUGAGCCACUGCUGAAGAACUAUGAUGAGAACCGGAAGAAAUUGCCACCUCAAGUACCACCUCCAGAUUUUUAA